AUGUUGCUAUCUGGGUUUCAUGUUUGUGCUGCUGGAUGGAUGGCCAAGGGCAGAGUUGGGUACCCCAUUGUGAAGCCAGGGCCCAACUGUGGAUUUGGAAAAACUGGUAUCAUUGACUAUGGAAUCCGUCUCAAUAGGAGUGAAAAAUGGGAUGCCUAUUGCUACAACCCACAUGCAAAGGAAUGUGGUGGUGUUUUUACAGAACCAAAGCGAAUUUUUAAAUCUCCUGGCUUCCCAAAUGAGUAUGAUGAUAAUCAAGUCUGCUAUUGGCACAUUAGACUUAAGUAUGGUCAGCGUAUUCACCUGCGUUUUUUGAACUUUGAUCUUGAAGAUGACCCAGGUUGUUUGUCCGACUAUGUUGAAAUAUAUGACAGUUAUGAUGAUGUCCAUGGCUUUGUGGGAAGAUACUGUGGAGAUGAGCUUCCAGAAGAUUUCUUUAGUACAGGAAAUGUUAUGACCUUGAAGUUUCUGAGUGAUGCUUCAGUGACAGCAGGAGGUUUCCAAAUCAUGUAUGUUGCAGUGGAUCCUGUAUCCAAAUCCAGUCAAGGAAAAAAUUCAAGCACCACUUCUACUGGAAAUAAAAACUUUUUAGCUGGAAGAUUCAGCCAUUUAUAAAGCAAAGAAAGAAUGAUCAGAAUAUAUAAUGUUCAUGUUAGCUUCUUCUGGAACUCCUGGAUCUCACUUUUAUAUUAUUAUUGUUAACAUUUAUUUAUUUUUCUAAAUGUGAAAGUAAUACCUAAUUUUGGGAAAAUCAGAAAGUACAGAAAACUUUAAAUGAGAAAAUAAAAUCUCUCAUAAUCCUAGUACACAGAAAUAACAAGUGUUAACAUUUUUAUAUAUUUUUCUUUCAAUCAUUUUUUUAUUUGUGGUAUAUGUAUAUAUGUAUUUGUAUUUGAAAUUUUGGAAUCCUGCUCUAUGUACGGUUUUAUUCCCCGGUUAUUUUAACCUUGAACUUUAUAGCUUAAGCAUUUUCCCAAGUCAUUGCAUGUUCUACAUAAAACUUGAUUUUGAACAACUGUAAACUAUUCCAUGGUAUGAUUGUUCCAUACUUUAUUUAAGCUUGUCUCUAUUGUUGGAAUUUUAGAUUGUUUCAAAAAAUAUUGCUGCAAUAAAGUUUCAAAAUUACUUUCCUUGUAAAUGUUAAA